AUAUAGCCUUACAAUUUUUCUAAACAAACGUGAUGAAGUAAUCGUAUACUUCUAUUCGAAUGCAACAUAAUGAUAAUUGUGCUAUCGAAUGAAUCGUCUUUUAACUAUUUAUCAUCGCUAAUCAUAAAUGCAUUGAAAUAAGUGGAUGUUUAAAUAGUUCUUUGUACGCAUAUCGAAGCAGUUUAUUUUUCUUACACGAGAAAGCAACAUGUCGGCUAUCCUUUAUAGCGUCCGUACUAAUCGUUUAUUUACCAUGCAUUGCAACGUAAAUGUGAGAUGAUGUGAUUGCAUUUACGGUUCUUUUGACAAUGUACUGUGUCGCGAUACAGAUUCCCAGAUUUAUGUGUGAAUAAUGACAGAGCCGGAGCUUUGCCGGCUCUGCGCCGAAACCAAAGAAAAUUUUAUUGGAAUUUACGAUGCAGAAGGACAGAAAUUAGCGAUUGAAGCUAAAAUUGCUAAAUGUUUACAAAUUCAGGUAUUAAUAAAUGAUGCACUGCCACUUACAGUUUGUAUAGAUUGUUGUAUAUUAUUAAAUCAGUGUAAUGAAUUCUAUGAGAAAACCAAUCAAGCACAAACUUCUCUGAGGCAAUUACUGAUUGAUUCUAAAACUGAAUCGAGAUCGUUAGAGACAAACAUAAAUUAUAUAGAGAAAUCAGGUGCAUUUCCAAAGGUUGAAGAAGUUGGAGAAGGGAUCGUCGAAUGCCAUUUAUCAAACAAUUAUAUACACGAAUCUAAUGCCUCGCGAAAUUAUUUUAUUGAAGAGAAUAAAAACAAUAAUUAUCAAAAGUAUGAAGCUGAAGAGUCACAGGAUGCUACAAAACAAAAGAAAUGUAAAAUUCAACUCAAGAAAACAUCUCUCAAACAGGCUAAAAAAAAGUUGAAAAGAAAAACUCAGAAUCAAAAAAUUGAAGAUUCAGAUAUGCAUAUGAAUUCUGAUUUGAAAAAGGAAUCCAAUAAUAUAAGCAUGAAAACUAAUAUUAAAAUUCCAGAUAACUAUAUGACAGGUACAGAUUCAGAUCUGGAAAUCAUAGAAGCACAUACAAAAGAAACAUCAAAAUUUGGUUCUAAGAAAGGAAAGAAUUUAGAUAGAUAUCCCUGGCUUUGCACCGAUUGCGAUGAUAAAUUACCUAGCUUAGAAAGAUUAGAAGAGCAUCAUGAAACUAUUCAUAAUCAGCAAGCAAAGUAUAUGUGUGUGUUAUGCUGCAAAAUUUAUGAUAAAUAUUACGGUUUCCUUACUCAUGUUAAGCGACAUAAAAACAAGGCAAAAUUCAGUUGUGAAGAUUGUGGAAAGUCAUUUGUACAUAAAAAAGUAUUAGAUUCUCACAAAGCAAUUCAUAGCGAAGAACGACCUCAUGUAUGCCAAACUUGUGGAAAAGCAUUUAGGCAGCAAAGUGCUUUGUACAUUCAUAGCAGGUGUCAUUUGCCGGAUACUAUGAAAAAUCGGUUUCCGUGUGAUCAGUGCGACAAAAGAUUCUCAACAAAACCAAAUUUAGUUACUCAUAAACGUAUUCACUCUGGUGUCAGAAACUUUACAUGCGAUCAGUGUGGCAAAAGUUUUAUUCAAAAAGGAAAUUUAGAAGCUCAUUUCUUAACGCACUCUGCAGAUAAACCAUAUAAUUGUACACAGUGUUCAAAAGCUUUCAAAACGCCACUACAGUUAAAGAAACAUGAGACAGUUCAUACUGGCGCAAAGCCACAUCAGUGUGCUGUUUGUGGACGAACUUUUAGAGAGAAAGGUACAUUAAGAGAACAUCAUAGAAUACAUACUGGAGCAAUGCCAUUCACGUGUGAAUUUUGUGGUAAAUGUUUUCGUUUUAAAGGAAUAUUAACUACGCAUAGAAGACAACAUACCGGUGAACGUCCAUAUAGUUGUUUGGAAUGUCAACAUCAUUUCACGAAUUGGCCGAAUUAUAAUAAACAUAUGAAACGCAGACACGGAAUCAAUACAUCGCAUACAAAACAUUUAACACAGUCGCAACAAUCGCAACAGCAAUUACAGCAGCAGCAAUCGGAACAGUCACAAAUAAUUCAGUCAAAUGUUUCAGAUUCUUCUCUUUCUAUAUCUCACGCAGAAUCAUCAACAGUUCAGGUAAUACAAACCGUUUCCCAUGCGCCAACAACGCAACCAAUUACCCAAACUAUUCCAACCAGUACCGUUCAAAGUUUUCAACCAGAUGCGUCCAGUACCACCGUACCAGACACAGUAUUCCGUGAAAGGAAUGCGACAUACUUUAAUACGAUGCCAGCGUCUCUACAAAAUUUUUUACCACCUAAUUUAUCAUAUAAUUUUUAUAAUCUUUCCAAUCUUGCAUAUAGAGAAUGAUUUAAUGUGGACAUAGGUAAAAUAAAAUUGUUACCUAAGUAAACAAAUAUGUAUAAAUAUAUUCAUAAUUCUAUUAUCAGAAUAGAAGAGUUAGUACAUACAAAAUAAAUGUUUAAAUAAUUCACUUUAAAUAAAGUUGAAAAAGAUGUUACGAAAGUCACAUUGACAGAAGUAUUAUGUCAUCAAAAUAAUUUUCAGUAAUCAUUCGUUAAUCUGAACAGACAUUACAUUUAUUUACCUUGAGCAUGAUAUCGAUUGAAAAUAAUUCAUUCGUAA